AUGCUUGCCCCCACUGCCUCCACUGUUAUGUCUUCGGGAGCUAGACCACCCAUUGGUAGUCCGAUCGCGAUGAGCGCCGCGCGGUGUUAUACGGUUAUGCCGGGCCCUAAGCCCUUGCCAUUACUUGGUAACUCAUGGCGUUUUGCUUUAGGGUGGAAGCCUUGGCGAACAACUGCUUUAGACAUUACUUUGUGGACAUUAAGAGCUUUAGCAGGCAAGGAUGGAGCGGCAAAAGUUGCAAAACUUUUUGGACAUCCGGAUUUAGUGUUUCCAUUCUGUGCUGAAGAGACUGCAAAGAUAUACCGGAGGGAGGAUGCAAUGCCACACAGGGCGGUAGCGCCAUGUUUAAAACAUUAUAAACAGGAAUUGAGAAAAGAUUUUUUUGGCAGUGAACCUGGACUAAUUGGAGUACAUGGUGAACCGUGGUCGAGAUUCAGAUCAAAAGUGUCCAAGGCGUUAGCGGCACCAGAAGGGGCUCGAGCUGCGGUGCCCGCAUUAGACAUUGUAGCGGACGAUUUUGUCAACAGGAUGGAGAAUAUCUUGGACGACAAUCGCGAGCUACCUAAAGACUUUCUCACGGAGUUAUACAAAUGGGCUCUUGAAUCGGUUGGAGUAUGGGCAUUGGGCACUAGACUAAGAUGUUUAAGCGAUAAUGACGCUGAAGCUAAGGAAAUCAUCCGAUGCAUUCAUGGUUUCUUUCAUAGCGUUCCGGAAUUGGAACUAUCCGCUCCCAUAUGGCGAAUUUAUUCAACUCGGGCCUACGAAACCUAUAUUGAAGCAUUAGAUGCCUUCAGAUCACUCUGUUUAAAAAGAUUGACUGAUAAAGGCAUCUGUGCAGCAAUAGCCAAGACGUCAGGUAAACAAGUUGCCACAAUUUUGGCUUUGGACUUAUUGUUGGUGGGCGUUGACACAACUGCGGCAGCUGCUGCCAGUACAAUGUAUAUGUUAGCCAAAAAUAAGAGAGCGCAGCAAAAGUUGCAAGAAGAAUUGGACAAUUAUUUGCCAAUGGACCGAACGCUGACUAGCAAAGACUUGGACAAGCUGCCGUACUUACGUGCUUGCAUCAAGGAAUCGUUACGAAUAAAACCAGUAAUAUUAGGAAACGGACGCUGUAUACAAUCUGACGCAGUCAUAUCUGGCUACGAAGUUCCCAAGGGAUCUCAUGUCGUAUUUCCUCAUUACAUACUCUCAAAUGAAGAGCGAUAUUUUCCAUCCCCAAAAGAGUAUGUACCAGAACGCUGGUUACGAGACGAAAUUAAGAAGGAAAAGUUGCGCUGUCCUGUAUCAGAUUCAGAGAGACAAGAAACAACGGAAUGCGCUACUGGUGUCGAUGAGAACAAGGCGUUGAUGGUGUGGCGUAAGCAGAAGGAAGUGGGGAUUCAUCCGUUCGCUUCACUUCCUUUUGGCUUUGGCCGAAGGAUGUGUAUAGGAAAAAGAUUUGCUGAAGCUGAACUGCAAUUAUUAUUAGCAAAGACAUUCCAUCGAUACGAAGUGAAAUGGCGGCAUGGAGAGCUGACGUACAGCGUGACGCCAACCUACGUACCCAAUGAACCCCUACAAUUCACCCUUACGUUCAGACAACAGAAAUCUUAAUUAUAUAAUUAUAUCGGCUGUUUACCAAAGAAUUAAAUUGACACGAAUGUUUAUGUACAUUCAGAAUUAAUUACUGUGUAUAUACGCUCCGUUAUUAAAUAAUUUUCGUGAACUAAUAGGCAAUAAAUAGUACUAUACAAUUAAUAAGAAAAACGUUUACAUAUGGACGAAAAUAAUAUAAUAAUUGUGGCCAAAAAUAAAUGUAAUCUAAUCGUAUGCGUAUAAAUAAUCAUUUUAAAAAUAUUCAAUGUUAAAAGUAAUGUUAAGCUUUUUAUUAUUGAUCAAUGACGAAUACCCGCGACUUUGAAUAUUUUCUUUUCUACUUUAUUAUCUGUUCUAUGAUUUAUUGUAAAAUAAUAAAGAUCCAAUGGUUUUACAGACAUAUCAAGUUUUUUUGAGAAAAUAC